AUGUCGGGUAAUAUGGGCAUGGAACAAUUGAUCCCAAUUGUUAAUAAGCUGCAAGAUGCUUUUACACAGUUGGGAGUGCACAUGCAGUUGGACCUGCCUCAGAUAGCUGUUGUUGGAGGUCAAUCAGCAGGGAAGAGUUCAGUGCUUGAAAAUUUUGUAGGCAGGGAUUUUUUACCUCGUGGGUCUGGUAUUGUGACUCGUCGGCCACUUAUUCUACAACUUAUUAAUGGAAAUGCAGAAUAUGCGGAAUUUCUCCACUGCAAAGGCAAAAAAUUCACGGAUUUCAAUGAAGUGCGAGGAGAAAUUGAGGCGGAGACGGAUCGCAUUACAGGCUCUAACAAAGGAAUCUCACCGGUGCCUAUCAAUUUGCGUGUUUAUUCGCCCAAUGUACUCAACCUGACGUUAAUCGAUUUGCCGGGUCUAACAAAAGUGCCCAUUGGAGAUCAGCCUUUGGACAUCGAACAGCAAAUCAAAGCAAUGAUAUUUCAAUUUAUAAAACGCGAAUCGUGUCUUAUCCUUGCCGUGACGCCAGCUAACACUGACUUGGCGAAUAGCGAUGCCCUUAAACUUGCCAAAGAAGUCGACCCUCAAGGUCUUCGCACAAUCGGCGUAAUCACAAAGCUGGAUCUCAUGGACGAAGGCACAGAUGCACGAGAUGUGCUAGAAAACAAGUUGCUGCCAUUACGGCGAGGUUAUAUCGGUGUGGUCAACCGUUCACAAAAAGAUAUAGAUGGAAGAAAAGACAUAUCUGCCGCACUCGCCGCCGAGAGGAAAUUCUUUCUCAGUCAUCCUUCCUACCGGCAUCUCGCGGACCGGCUCGGCACCCCCUAUCUGCAGAGGGUCCUCAAUCAACAACUCACGAACCACAUUCGGGACACUCUCCCUGGCCUGAGAGAUAAACUGCAGAAACAGCUCCUUGCCCUCGAAAAGGAUGUGGAACAGUAUAAGCACUUCCGACCUGAUGACCCAUCUAUCAAGACUAAGGCUAUGUUACAAAUGAUCCAGACGUUGCAAACGGAUUUUGAACGUACCAUCGAAGGUUCUGGAUCGGCUCAAAUCAAUACAAACGAGUUGUCGGGCGGUGCGAAAAUCAAUAGACUGUUCCACGAGAGGUUUCCCUUCGAAAUUGUCAAAAUGGAAUUCGACGAAAAGGAGCUGCGUAGAGAGAUUGCAUUCGCUAUCAGGAACAUUCAUGGUAUCCGAGUUGGUCUGUUCACUCCCGACAUGGCGUUUGAGGCGAUAGUGAAAAAACAAAUAUCGCGGCUAAAGGAGCCUUGUCUCAAGUGCGUCGACUUGGUCGUGCAGGAAUUGUCGAAUGUAGUCCGCGUCUGCACAGAAAGGAUGUCGCGCUACCCGCGCCUGCGCGAGGAGACGGAGCGCAUCAUCAUGUCGCAUGUGCGGUCGCGCGAGCAGCAGUGCAAGGACCAGCUGGUGCUGCUGGUGGACUGCGAGCUCGCCUACAUGAACACCAACCAUGAGGAUUUCAUCGGUUUUGCCAAUCUUGCUUCUAGCGCACAGAAUCAGUCUGAAAAUUCAGCUAAGACAGGUCAUCGGGCACUCGGCAACCAGGUCAUCAGGAAGGGAUAUAUGUGCAUUCAUAAUUUGGGAAUUAUGAAAGGCGGUUCCCGCGACUAUUGGUUCGUGCUGACAUCAGAGAGCAUCUCCUGGUUCAAGGAUGAGGAGGAGCGCGAGAAGAAAUACAUGCUGCCCCUAGACGGGCUCAAGCUGCGUGAUCUGGAACAAGGCUUCAUGUCGCGCAGGCACAUGUUCGCCUUAUUCAACCCGGAGGGCAGGAAUGUGUAUAAGGAUUAUAAGCAGCUAGAAUUAUCCUGUGAAACUCAGGAUGAUGUGGACUCAUGGAAGGCGUCAUUCCUUAGAGCUGGUGUGUAUCCCGAGAAGACUUCCGAAGCAGCUAAUGGAGACGAGGGCGAAGGAAAUGAGUUAUUUCCGCCUAUUCCGGGGUUGGGUGGAAAUAAGACAAACUCGGAUACGUCCGGCACGAGCAGCAUGGACCCGCAGCUCGAACGCCAAGUGGAGACCAUCCGCAACUUGGUCGACUCGUACAUGCGCAUAGUGACCAAGACCACCCGCGACCUGGUGCCCAAGACCAUCAUGAUGAUGAUCAUCAACAACGCCAAGGACUUCAUCAACGGGGAGCUCCUUGCGCAUCUUUAUGCGUCCGGUGAUCAGUCCCAAAUGAUGGAGGAGUCCCCUGAAGAGGCACUCAAGCGCGAAGAGAUGCUGCGCAUGUACCACGCGUGCAAGGAGGCGCUGCACAUCAUCGGGGACGUGUCGAUGGCGACGGUGAGCACGCCCGUGCCGCCGCCCGUCAAAAACGACUGGCUCGAGAGCCGCCUCGACUCCAACCCGCGCCUGUCGCCGCCCUCGCCCGGCGGCCCGCGCCGCGCCGCGCCCGCGCAACAAGGAUCGCUGGGCCAGCGCGGCGCGCCCCCGGUGCCGGGCGGCGCGGGGCGGCCGGCGCCCCCGCUGCCGUCGCGGCCCGGCGGUGCCGCCCCACCGCCGCCCGCCGGCCGCCCCGCGCCCUCGCAGGGCCUGCCCGCGCCCCUCAUACCCACGCGUCCCGGGUCGGCGGGGGCGGCCGCCUUGGGCCAGCUGCCCCCGCACAUGCGCCAGCAGAUCAACCAGGCGGUGGGGCAGGCGGUUACCAACGCCGCCAUUAGCGAGCUCAGUUCCGCCUUCGCGAAAUUCAACCGACCAGUGCCUAACGUGCCGCCAAAGCUGCCUGAGCGACCGCAGAACGGACGGCCAUUU